AUGCUGAUAAAAACGGUUUAUGAUCAGUCUGCGGAUGCAGGAAUACAGGUCUCAUAUGAACCUGAUCUAGUAGUACUACAAAAAGUUGCUAAUUGGUUUGAAGGUAAUUUAUCUAUUUCCUCUAUCCAAAUCAAUAUUUGUUCCAUAAUUUUUGACUGUCAUUUGGAUUUGUUGGCAAAAUUGAUGGAUUAUUUUAUUAUUUUAAUUUCCAAAAUCAGAAUCUUCGAUUCAGUUUUCUUUUUCUCAUUCAACUUCAAUUGA